AUGUCGGCCAAGAUUCCCAGAAAUUUCAGACUCCUGGAGGAGCUGGAGAAGGGCGAGAAAGGAUUGGGUGCAGAGGCGUGCUCUUACGGUCUUGCGGAUGGAGAGGACAUGAUGAUGAGCAACUGGAACGGCACUAUCCUCGGCCCACCUCACAGCGUGCACGAGAACCGGAUAUAUAGUGUCAACAUCCACUGCGGACCCGACUACCCCGACCACCCUCCGACCAUCCAAUUUGUUUCUCGCGUCAAUCUGCCCUGCGUGGAUCCUCAGAGCGGCAAGGUCGAUCCCGCAAAACUUCCCUGCCUCGCUCAAUGGAAGCGCGACUACAACAUGGAAAUUGUUCUGAUUGAGCUCCGACGGUACAUGGCCAUGGGCAACAACAAGAAGCUGCAGCAGCCUCCGGAAGGCUCGAACUUUUGA